AAAACAACAACAACAACAACAAGAAUUUUGGGCGCAUGUAAACAAACAGGCUCAAUCGUGAUGAUAGCAUGCAGGAGAGAUGGCUACACACAAGCUGGCGAACCAGGGACCUUUCGUCUGUGCCAGUGCCGGUGCUUCUCUUGUGCUCGCUGUCGACGCUGUCUGUUAUCGACACCCAGAGGCCCCUGCAUUUGUUUGCGUCCACCAGCACAUUGGCGUCCCCCAGCUACUGCACACGUCCAGGCCAGCUAGCACCCGUCGCUGUCUCCAUUCGUUCAUCCGCCUGCUUGCGUGCCCUGCCCAUUGCUUAACCAAGACCAGCCGCCACAACCCACGCUGCCGAGCAAGGGACCAUCGUUUCUGUAACCACAUCUGGCUCACACACACCCCCGGCAGAUGUCCUCCAAAAACACAAACUCCCAUUUCUUGGACUCCUCGCCCUCGAAGGAGCUCUACAACGACGACUCAGAGAUGAUCUCGCUCUUGAACAACAUGUGGGGCUCCAACUACAACAACCCGAAAAACAACCCCAACGCCGCCAGCAGCAACCCGACCAACCACGCCGACUCCGUCCCCAGCAGACGUCUCACCUCCUCCGCCCUGAGUAUCGCUCACGACCACCUGAGCAAGCAGACCCCACACAAAACCCUCGCCAACUCCAGACAGCCGUCCAUUCCGACCGUGCCUGCCCACCACAUAAACUCGCAGCAUCACGACUCCCACCUCAUUUUCCUGGACUCGCCGAAUUUUGACUCCUUCAUCACCUUCACUCCGAACCAGAUACAGCCCUCCAACAAGCUCUUCUCAACCCAGAAACAGCACCAACACCAACACCAACACCAACACCAGCACCAGCACCAGUAUCAGCACGCAGGCCAUGGCUUGGCCAAAGAGCUUUCCAAAUCCCAGUUGCUACCUGCUCAGUACAUGCCCGUUGAGAACUUUGUGUCAAUAUCGCCCAGCUUACGCACUCCUUUGGCCAACAAAUCAAACGUCGAGGACCUUUUCGAUACCCCCUACUUGAACACAUUGUAUUCCACCUUCGCAAACACAACAAACACGGACGAGCUGGGUAACCAGAACAGCCAGCAGCUGCAUUCCCAACCUCAACAUGUAACAGAGAUAGCUUUUAUCCAGACACCUUUGACGGAAAAAUUAGACAAGAUAUUCAAAACACCAACAUCAAACGACAUUUUCAACUCCAAACAGUUUUUCGGAAACAGUACCAUCAAAAGAUUGACGAACAGUUACAUACCCAGCAAUACCAAUAGUGCAAUGAAAGUAAACCCGCAUGGCUAUCUUGUGGAUGAGUCUCACACUGGAGCCAUGAACCGAGGUACAUCCGGCCUUGUCAACAACAAUACAGACAAGAUUAUCGAAACAGAUUUUGCAAAUUUUAAAAAUUCUCCCUGCGUCAAGCAUAAACAAUAUGAAAUGAUCCAAAAGGAAAAAAUGAACAUGAAGAGCAACGAGAAGGUUUCCAAUCCAGGCUCAAACUUGUUGGCAACUGUAAGAGAAUCUGAAGAGUCUUCCAAGGCUGUUGUUCAGAAUUUUUUCCAAGCUCCAAUGGCAUUAUCCCAAAACACUUUCAACCCGGAGGCAAAAGAUCCAACAUCUGCCGCCAAUGCUAAAAUGUUGAAUAUGGUAGAACCGACUGUCACUACACCUAAGAAACUAAAGAGAUCAAGAAGUAAAAAGAAGCAAUCAAAUAAAGCAUCAAAACGUGGCAGUGGUGAUGAAGCUAAAAACAUUACACCAAACAGGUUUGGUGUAAUGAAGGGGACUUCAGUAAUAUCCAAAACUAACGUGGAUAAUAGCAUGCUUGAGAAUGAGGGGAUGAUAGAUUCAUCUCCUUCCACCAUUGUUGUCAGUUCUGCCUCCAAGUCUUCAACCAGAUUAACUGUGGUUCCAGGAAACAAGACUUUGGAAGCUUCUCCAACUCCAAUGAACAAGUACAUCAAUAGCGUACUUGCUGCAGAAAGCGUCCAGCAACAAGCUCAACUCAUCAGCACUCACAUCAUUGGCGACAUCAGCAACCACAGCCACAACGAUAUCAGCAGUAGUACCGACAAUAUUGUUGAUGAUGGCGAUAAGAAUCAUUUACACAGCCAUCACAACGAGAUUCUUAUCCCUAAUCACAUACAUAACAUCAGCAGCAACCACAUAAACAACAAUCUUUUCGUGCCCAAUGGUCAGGAGAACCCAAUGUUGGAUGUCAUGCCUACGGCACCAGUCAUGGGAGUAUUCAAGGAACAGAGCGCCAAGUCUUUAAGAAAAUACAAGACGCAGCCCUUGGGCUCGGAUGGGUUUAAUAAAUCAUCACUUCCGACGUCGAAUAAGAAGUUUGGAAGAAGUACGAGCCUGAAUGACUCUAUGAGCACUGGCAAUCUGAACUCGAAUUCGAGUUCAAAUGGAAAUGCUAAAGGCAACAACGGGAAGGGCAAGAAACGUAACAGAGGGAAUAGUGGCACGAUCCAUUUUAUCAUGGCUGAUCCAGACCAACUGAAGGGUAAUAAAAAACGGCGGAUUUCACGGAAAAAGCCAGAUUCAUUGUCAAGCGGCAAGAAGAAUGGAGAUAAGUUUGUUCCACUGCGAAACUCUACCAAUAUUGUGAACAACAGGAACAGGUCUACUAGUCCAGUCAAGGAAAAGAAUAUCAACACCGUCAGUGGUGGUGCGAACAUCAACAAUACCAGUGGGAACGAAAACAACGUUUUUUGGGAAUCAGGAUAGAUAACGUUUUUUUAUGUUUGUUCCAUUCCUCAAUUUUUUUUAGCUCUAAAUAGUUUACAUUCUAGCGGACAGUAAUUAAGCACUUAUGAACCUAUAAAGAGGAAAAG